AUGUCGGCCACAUUCUCAAUACAGCCCAUCGGCCGCUUCACCGGCCAGAGCCAGCCCGUAAAAAGACCAAAGGAAUUUGCCUGCUUUUCGUACGAUGAGAAUCAUGAGUUUCGCCUCGACGACUCCUCCAUCAAGUAUUAUUACACCCCGCAGCUGGGAGCAGACCUAUCCCGGGGCUUCAACACAUUCCAAAAACUAGAUGACUCCAGAGACGAGCAUCUAGAUGGCCUGCUGAAGACCAUCCUGGCGCAUGAAAGGGAGACGGGGAAGAAGAUUGAUGCCAACCUAGUUACCUGGCGGGGGAUGAUGACCAAGAUCAUGGCGGCGCCAUUUGAGCAACGGGAUGGCUUUGAGAUGAAUGCCACUCUGUACCAAGAAUGCAUCUUCAUAGAAGAAAACAACGAGUAUAAACUCCAAUCCCGGGCCAAGGAGAGCCAUCGCGGGCCCCGACGCGGCCCCCCGUUAGAAGUCAUGCAAUAUUGGGGUAUUUCCGCUCUGCCUCGCUCCCCCUCCGUCCCUCCCUCGGACCGUCGCCCUCCCAAGGCUCGUAAGGACACAAGGACUCACCCUUCCCUUCCUCAGGCUAUAAAGUGGAUCGAAAACCGCGAGAACCAGACCGUCAACAACAAGGAGCAAUACUGCUCCGUCGUACGCACCGGCAUCGGCAAGACCAUCCUUUGUCUAGGCGGCGAAGUAGACGCAAGCACGUUUCUCCUUCUCCUUCUCUCCAUCGCUUCCCCCUUAUGGGACUCCAAACCCCUGCCCGGCCAGCCCAUCAACUGGGUCGAACUCAAAACCACGGCUGAGAUACGUUCCGCACACGACAUGGACAACUUCCACCGCAAGCUCAUGAAGUUUUGGAUCCAAUCGUUCCUGCUAGGCGUGCCCAAAAUAAUCGUGGGUUUCCGCACAAGGGAUGGCAUCCUUGUGGAUGUCAAGGAGAUUGAAACACACAAUAUUCCGCAGACGGUGAAUUCGAGGCCCGGCGCGCAGUGGAAUGCGGACAUGUGUGUGAAUUUCGCGGGCGAGUUUCUCGAAUUUCUCCAAACCACCAUCAAUGAUGAAGGUGUCUGGCGCAUACGCCGCCGGCCCGCCUCGCCCACCAUCGAAGUCUUCAAGGUUGAGGAAACAGGCCACGGCAGCAUUCUCUCCGAGGAAUUCAAGAACUGGCGAAUUAAGCUAUCCCUGGGCCCAAGCCCAGAGCCCUGA